AUGUUAAUUUCAAGAAACCACGAUUAUUUAGAAACUUCUAAAAUGUCAAUUCCUUGUCGUUUACAACCCGAUCACAACCCCCCAAGCAACAGCAGGGAGAUGAGAAACAAAGCGGAGAAGCUGAGACGUGACAAGCUGAACUCUUACAUCGGAGAACUCGCAAAGAUGGUACCAAUGGUGGCCAAGAGUUCAAAAAGGAUGGACAAAACCAGCAUUUUGAGAUUGAGCGCUUCGCAUCUCAGAAUCUACCAUACUUUGAUGAACGGAAAGGUCAAGCUGCAAAUACAGAUGCCGCAUCAGGUAGAUCAGUGCAUGUUGGAACAAAUAGUUUAUAACGAGUUGGGAGGUUUUUUGAUGGUUUUGGAUGCAAACGCUAAAAUUAUGUUCGUGUCCCCAACUGUGGAGAAUUUAUUGGGAUACCUACAAACGGACCUUAUGGGACAGUCGAUUUAUAACGUUACCCUCCAGAUGGACCAUGAGAUUUUAAGGAGGCACCUGAUUAUUAGCAACAGUACUGAUGAAAAUUGUAACAGAGAUAAUUUCAUGAUUUCUCUGAAAAGAGCUGCUCCGAGAUCAGAAAUGCCGGUUUAUGAGAGGGUGAGAGUGAUGAGCGUUUUCAAAUCUUUAUCGUACACCACCGAUUAUGAUACAGCGACUUUGAUGGAAGUACCCCCGAACACUGUGGGUAACGACAUUUGGCUGCUGUUCAUAAGGAUGAAUCGACCGGAAAAGAUACCGCUAAGGAUGAUGGAGUCCUCCAAGGACGAAUAUUACACCAGACAUCUGGUAGACGGUCGCAUAGUCUGUUGCGACCAAAGGAUCUCGUUGAUUGCUGGUUAUUUCACCGAUGAAGUUUUUGGGAUAUCUGCGUUUAAGUUUAUGCAUCUCGAUGAUGUUCGCUGGGUCAUAAUAGCCCUGAGACAGAUGUACGAUAGGGGUGAAACUAAGGGAACUUCUUGCUACAGAUUAUUAUCCAGAAACAGCAAGUACAUAUACCUGCGAACUUCUGGUUUUUUGGAGUACGAUUCCCAUGGCACAGUCGAGAGUUUCCUCUGCUACAACAGUUUGGUGGACGAAACGGAAGGCAAAAGAUUGAUUGAAGAGAUGAAACGCAGAUAUUCUGCUUAUGUUAACACCAAUUACCUGAUUCCGGGGAGUCCGAACACACCAAUAGGAGCUGAGAGUUUGGAAGAGCCCCUGAACGUGGAGCAGGCCAUUAAACACCUUAUAAUGAACCUACCGUCGUCUCCUUGCUCAACACCAAGUCCAAAAUUAACGUACACCGACGAGAAAGAAGACUGUGAUGAAAAACUGACUGAAAUUUCUACCGACAACAAAGUAAUACCUAAGACUGUUUUAAAGAGGCCGCCCUGUACCAACCUUGAUGCCAAUCUUCCCAUCAAACGUCUGAAAAACUCCCCGUAUUCGAUGCACAACCCGCCGUUGACGUUUAAGACCAGGACGGACCUGAGGAUCAAGGAGGAGCCGUUAUGCGAGGAUCUAUAUAGGGAAAUUUAAUAUAUAAGUUCAAGUGGUGUUAAUGUUGCCUCUGAGAAAUUCAGAGAUGUUUUGAGAAGAUCGGGUUUCAAAUAAAUGCAGAUCGGAGGGGAAGAUUUGGAUUCGCGAUAAUUUCUAUGGACCAAUGAAAUUAUUAUGAAGUUUUUAAGCUUGGGUUGAAUAAACCCAAAAAAAAAGGGACAUAAAAUACCGACUUCUUAGUCAAUUCCAAAAACAAUAAGAAAAGAUGUCCAAGAAAUGAAUAAAUACGUAUUAGAUCAGAAAAAAGGACAUGCGAAAACUUGUUCUGUCGAUCCUGGAUCAAAUCUGACUUGAGUCAAACGAGAAAAAAAAAUUAUUAGGUUGUUUAGAAUAAACCUGAACUGAAAAUAUUGACUGCAAAAAUUUUACUAUAUAUUUAUUGUGAUAGUCUAUUGUACAAUUUUAAAGAAUUUUUAUGAUCCACCCGGAUCUGGUGGAUAAUUUCUCAAUACCACCUAGGGUAGUAUACAGUUCCAUCUGCACUUUUUUCGAAAGCUUUUCUCAAAACUUUACGCGUUUUGUUUCUCAGAUUUUCCAGCUUAAAAUAUACUCGAGACUGAUGUCAGCCAUACUUAAAGAAAAAUAUGAUUUUUUUUUUCAUCGAUAUCGUGCAUGAUGAUUGUGUAGUGGUUAGAAUUUGUUCUUUGUUCAAAGGAUACGGACUAGAUCAACAACAGUUGCUAUAUGUGUAAGAAUGAAGUGCAAAUAAUAGACUGUGGUAUGUAUACCCUGCAGAGUGAAAAUUUUUCGCUUUGGCUAGUUGUUUGGAACAAUUACAUUGGUGACGUUAAGUGCUUGAUUUUGUACGAGGAAAGACUGAUAGAUUGUACAGUAAUGUUUAAUACUGGGCGUUUAUUUUGUUUGAACGUUAGAUGAAUUUUUUGAAGAGAUGGAGAGGAAAUUCUUGCAGGAUUGGGAAUUUUUUUCUUUACAAUUGGCAGCUUGAUUGAAAUGAAUUUAUAAGAAGUGGAUCAAAUUUUUCAAACACAAUUUUAAAUUCAACGAGGCAAAGUACGAAUGAAAGAACUAAAAAAGCCCUAUUGAUUAGGCGAGGUUUUUCUCUUGACUUUCAAAAAGAGUUUUUGAAGCAAUAUUCCAAAGUUUUUAGGCCAGGAUUUUAUAUAAAGUAAAAAUAGAUUAUUUUUGUUAGUAAUUCAAAUCAUUCUUCAUUUGACAUUCAGACCAUAGACAAUAACAACAAAUGUCAUUGGUCGUUGCUUGCCAUUGGUUAACUAUUGUCCGAUGAGAGUAAAUGAGAGCUGUCAUGUUGGUAAGAAUGUCAAAAAAAUUCAAAUCUCCACGCUUAGACGUAUUUUUUCCAUAUUUAGACAUGAAAUUGAUUCAUAAAAGCACGGGCAGGAUUCUAAGGCCUCCUAUGAUCCCUUCAACGAUCGAAAAACUACUUUUUUUUCCAAUUCUACAAAAAUACGAACAAGAUUGCCGACUUUUUCCCUGCUAAUCGCUUAGCUUCUUCUCAUUUAUCAUCCGGCCGAACGAGCGGAAUAACAAGAUUGGAAUUAAAUUGUGUUCAACAAGCUAUUAAAAUUCCGAAGGUCAUGGGCUCAGGUUUUACGAAUCUAUCAUGUGAUAGACUGGCUUCUAAAUGUAAGUUCCACUUCUGUUGAUCGAGCGGUGAUUCAGACGAAUUUCGGUCAACUCUGGAAUUUCUCCUCGUAUCUACCAACCAAUAUUGGUCAUUUUGGAUUCUUUUGUUGGUCCGUGGUUAUCUCGAACUGGGGGAGAGAUAAAAAUUGAUGGGACGUCGAGACAGAAUAACAAGAAGAGAUUUUUCCUUGUUUUUCCGGUAGAUUCACUGAUUUUUUCAAGAAAAUUGUCUACGGGGAGAGUAUGAAAGGCGUGAGAUGUUUUAAAACGCAUUAGGUACAAAGGAAAACCUUGCAUGACCUUGCGGAGUGCAUUAUUUAUGUGUUUGGUUGUAUAUUUGAGAUCCCCCAACACGAGGUACUUUUCUAACCCAUUUCAAACUUUUAAAUUUGUUGCAUUUAUCACAUAUUUAAAAACUGGACAGACCUGUUCCUUCAUCGACUACCUAUAUGACUUAUAUCGACGGCUAAUUACCAUACAAUUCACCUUGAAUCUUCAAGGUAAUCGUAUCAGAAGAGACCCAAAGUGCUUACGUGAGAACUGAAAUGGGACGGAUAAUUUCCGUUGGAAAAAUAGGAAAAAAAAUUUUCCGUCCAGAUAUGCCAUUUUCAGAAAUUGAAUCAUGAGUUUACUUGAUCAAUCCGUUAUCUUAAUUGAGUUAUUAUUCGUUUAUACUUCGAUAAGUGUUGGAUUUUUGAAGGGAAGCUAAUGAAGAAUAUAAUGCUCCUCUUGUGGGAGUAUGUAUAUUUUUGAAA